AUGGAUCAACCACCAUCGUACCAGCCAGAGUGUGUCCCAAUGACAGGAAAUACGUACGUGCCCCAUGAAGACCCUCACGGAGCGGCCAAGUUCCAACAUACCGUCGUCUUGGGACAGCACCAGCCCGAUGUACCUCAGCCCAAGGAUCACAUUAUCUGGUCACUUUGCAGCCUUGUGUACGGCAACCCAUUCUGUUUCGGAAUGUUAGCUGUGUAUUUCUCCAUAAAGGUGAGUUGGAAUUCUCAUUAUAUUACUUAUUAUAGAAAUGUCUGGUAUGGGUGCUUUUAUUGUCUGGAUUUAGAAGUUGAGCAAGUUACUAUAUAGGCGACCCACUUUGAACUAUGGAAGGAGGAGGACAGUAUAACAUUUUUCUAAAUUCGUGUUUUGCCUGCUUGUUAUCACACUGUUAUAAAAAUGUGUAGCCUAUACUUCAUCUAUAGGCUCUAUAGACCUGACCUCCAAAAGUGUAUUAAGGAGUAUUAAACCACUGAGAUAAUACAUUACUGAGAUCCUCCCAUUAGUGUGACAUGUUAUGUUGUGGGCAUGUUGUUAACUAAUAUGCAUAGCUACAUAAACACAAUCAGCAACAUAUGAAUGAUUCUAUAAUAUAAAUUAUUGUACAUUUUGUUUUCCAGUCCAGGGAUAGGAAGAUGGUUGGAGACUUGGAAGGAGCAAGAAAACUCGGGAAUACUGCAUGCUGCUUUAAUACUGUGACCCUGACCCUGGUAAUCCUCGGGCUGCUCUUCCUCUUCAUCACCUAUGGUAUCAUCAUCAAACGACUCAUACGCUGA